AUGUCGAAUAAAGCUGAUGUAUCGAAGUUGGUUCACCAUUCACUCAAUACUUUAACACAAUUGGUAGAAUCAGAUACUGAAAUCACUUUAAUAGACCUUAAUCUAAUUGAGAAUUUAAACACUAAUCAAUCACUAAACUAUAUCAACUUGGAGCAGAGCUUCGUUAUCUUGGAUAAGGAUGCUAAAAACUUAGAACAAAUGAGUAAGUUAAAUUAG